UUAAUUAACACGUUUAUGCGCACACUAAUCUACAGUACACCCAAGGAAGGGUACACGAUAAUCUUAAAUCCAUAUCCGACGAUUGAUUUGACUUUUUAUUUAUUUGUCAACGUGUCCAUGGACACUGAAUCAUCAUCAUCAGUAGUGGAGUUCCUUGGGAAGGUGCCACUGUUGCAUCGGUUAACUUCUUCUUCUCUGAAGAAAAUCGCCCAAGUCCUUGUCUUCAAGCGUUACGAGAGAGGAGAUUAUGUAGUUCGUAGAGAUGAUGAGGAGAUGGAGGGAGUCUAUUUUGUCUUGGAAGGACAGGCUCAGGUUCUUGGAUCUGUCGGAGAAGAGGAGAACUGCUCGGAGUUCCUCUUGAAACCAUUUGAUUUCUUUGGCCGUGGCAUUUUUGGGAAUGUUUACGCAGUCGAUGUUGUUGCUGUCACACAGCUCACCUGCCUACUCUUGACUUCUGAACAUUGUCAUUUGCUUGAGACAAAGGCAAUCUGUGAUUCAGAUAACGAACGCCCUCUCCUGGAACGCAUUUUGUAUAUGGAUCCAUUGGAUUUGAAUGUAUUCAGGGGCUUCACUCUACCCAAUGCUCCUGCCCUUGGAAAGGUCUUCGGUGGGCAAUUUGUUGCACAGGCACUUGCCGCAUCCUCAAAAACUGUUGAAUUUUUGAAGAUAGUCCAUAGUUUACAUGCCUGUUUCCUUCUUGCUGGAGAUAUUAAUAUUCCCAUCAUAUAUGAAGUUAGCCGCUUACGCGAUGGCAACAACUUCUCCACCCGAAGAGUAGAUGCAAGACAGAAAGGAAAAACCAUGUUCACCUUGUUCGCAUCAUUUCAGAGAGAGCAACAAGGUUUUGAUCACCAGGAGUCGAACAUGCCUCAUAUGCUACCUCCUGAAACGCUUGUGUCAAGGGAUGAAAUGCUUCAACGGCGUAUGACUGACCAUCUGCUACCUAGGUAUUACCGAAAAAAAGUUGCAACCCAGUACACUGCCCCAUUGCCUAUAGAUAUUCGAUUUUGUGAGCCAAAUUAUUCUACAGAACAGACAAAGAAGUCUCCUUCAAGAUUGAAAUAUUGGUUUAGGGCAAGAGGAGAACUUUCUGAAGACCAGGCUUUGCACCGAUGUGUGGUUGCAUUUGCUUCAGAUUUGAUGUACGCCUUUAUCAGUUCAGACCCUCACCGUAAAAAGGGCAUGAGUGCAGUUCCUGUUAGCCUUGACCAUUCGAUGUGGUUCCACCGACCACUAAGAGCUGAUGACUGGCUCCUCUUUGUGAUGGUGAAUCUAACAGCAUCCCAGAGCCGUGGUUUAGCAACUGGGGAAAUGUUCAACAGAAAGGGAGAGCUGGUGGUAUCGUUGAAGCAAGAAGCUUUGCUCAAAGAAACUGUGACUAGUAAACCCAUCUUGGACGCCAAGCUCUGAGUGAUAAUAGAAGCACCACCAGUAGGUACAUAAUUUUAAUGAUUGUUUCCCCUCCAGAAAGGUUAUUCUAUAUUAAGACUGGUGUUUUGGUCCACAAAUAUUUUUUUUGUUGACGGUUUAAAUUCAUUUGGAGCAGUGGAAAUAUAAGUUUAAUAAGAAA